UACUUUUUGGGACCAUCGAGUGGAUCUAUUAAGUUGGAUACAGAUUCGAAAAUAAGAAAUAUAUCUUGCAGAUAUAAUUAUCUUCUGGACUGAACUUAAUUAUGAUGAACAAACGAAAGUAUUGGUAUAGUGCUCGGUACAAGCGCAAAUUGCUAAAGCAACAACUUGAUUUUGUAUUUGAUAAACUGCAACAUGAACAAAUAUUUUCCCUUGACGACUCUAAUGAAAAUGAAGAGGAUCUUACAUCACUUUCAAAUACACUUGAUAACAAUGAGAAUUUGCAACUUACCAAUAAAGAAGCAACAGACAAAACUACAAAAAGAAAUGAAGUAGAAAGGAACAAUGUAGUACAACAUAACAACGAGUGCGGAAACUUUAACAAUGACGAAGAUAUGCCCGAUCAAAGUAUACUAGAUGAUAUCUUUCAUGAUGAAUGUCCAAACGAUAUUUCCUCAGAAACAGAGAGUGAAAAUCAGAAUGGUUUAAACGUAGAUAGACUGCAAAAAAAUCUUGCUUACUGGGCAUCAAGCGAAAGAAUAACUCGAACAUCCGUUAACAAACUUCUGCAAUUACUGCGAGAAGAACGGGAUUUGCAACCUUUGCCAGUAAAUGUUCGAACUCUUCUGAAAACACCGAGAUCAAUUGAUAAACCGAUGACAAUGGAACAUGGACAAUAUUGUCAUUUUGGAAUUGAAGCUGGCUUGAUUUUUAUUUUUCAAACGUGCAAUAGCGCACUUAUACCAGAUGAAGUUAUUUUGUCAAUCAACAUCGAUGGAUUACCGCUUGUUAAAAGUUCCAACAGCCAACUCUGGCCUAUUCUUGGAAGUAUCCGAAAUUUUUACAAUAAAAAGCCGUUUCUUAUUGGAGCAUUUCAUGGAUACAAGAAACCUCCAGCGCCUGAUAUAUUUUUAAAAAAAUUUGUUGAAGAAGCGCAGAACCUGAAAGAAAAUGGCUUUUAUUAUAAUAAAAAGAUUAUUCCAUUUAAAAUUGCCUGUUACAUUUGUGAUGCUCCUGCAAGAGCUUACAUUUGUUGUAUUAAAAAUCAUACCGGAUAUUAUGGAUGUAGUAAGUGUGAAACUCGAGGAGAAUACAGAGGGACCGUUGUAUUUCCUGAAUUAAACGCUCGUCUGCGUACUGCAGAGUCAUUUAAAAAUCAGACUCAAAAAGUUCAUCAUACAGGAAUAUCACCAUUGCUAGCGCUCAACGAUGAUUUAAUCUCGGACGUGCCACUUGACUACAUGCAUAUAGUAUUAUUAGGAGUUACGAGAAAAAUGCUGCAGAAAAUGACUGGAAAACUAAACCCCAUGAAAUUGAGUACCCAGCAAAUAAAUGAAAUUUCAUUGAGAUUAAUAAAUCUGAGAAAACAUGUUCCAUGCGAAUUUGCUCGUAAAUCAAGAAGUUUGGGAGAAUUGGAUCGAAUGAAAGCUACGGAAUUCCGUCAAUUUCUUUUGUACACUGGAAUAAUAGCAUUACGCAAAAUUGUUCGAGAUGAUGUAUACAAACAUUUCUUGCAUCUUUCCGUGGCCAUUCGUCUUCUUGCGACGUCAAAUCUGAAGUAUGAAGAAAAUAGAUACGCAAAACAAUUAUUGGAAAAAUAUAUUAUUGAUUUUCAAAGACUUUAUGGAAUUGAGGUUACGUCUUAUAACGUUCAUGGAUUGCAACAUUUAGCUGAUGACGUUUUAAAAUGGGGAGCGGUAGAUGAUUAUUCGGCUUUUAUAUUUGAAAAUUAUUUGCAAGAGAUCAAGAAAAUGCUUAGGAAAUGUGAUAAACCUUUGGAGCAAUUACAGAAUAGAAUCUACGAGUCCAGGAAUACAGAUUUUAAAGAAGUGGUCAAUACUCAUGAUGAUAAUUACGAAUUGAGAAAAGAAUACAAUGGAGGGCCUUUACUAAAUCAAUGUACUGCUCCUAUGUACAAAGAGAUGAGAUAUCGUGGAUUCAGAUUCACAACGUCAAAACCGAACAAUUGUUGUCACCUUCAACAUGUUUUGGAAUUGGAGAAUACACUGGAGAUUCUUCUCGAUUGA